AUGCUAUCUUUUGCCCUGUUUGGGGGCCUUUUUGUCCUCAUUGGCGCUUCCUGGGGCUCACAAUCCUUCACUCACACAAUGAGUCCUCGCCUGCACUUCCGCCUGUACCAUGGCUGCUACGGUGACAUCAUGACCAUGGAGACCCCUGGUGUCCCCUGUGAUAACACCAGGAUGAUUGCCUGCGGCAUCCGUGGUUCUGAGAUGUUUGCUGAGAUGGAUUUGAAGGCCUUACAGUCUUACCAAAUUCUGAUCAAAGAAAUUGGACUGCGGCACUGCGUGGACCCCGCUCUCAUUGCAGCUAUCAUCUCUAGAGAAAGCCACGGUGGAACUAUCCUGCUGGAUGGCUGGGACCACACAGGACUUAAAUUUGGCCUGAUGCAGCUUGAUAAAAACAUUCAUCGUCCUGUUGGUACCUGGGAUGGCAAAGAACACCUUUUGCAGGCUGUUGGGAUUCUCACAGACAGAAUUAAGACAAUCCAGAAAAAAUUCCCCAGCUGGAGUGUGGCUCAGCACCUCAAAGGUGGUCUCUCAGCCUUCAAGUCAGGAACUGAAGCCAUUGCCACCUCCGCAGACAUACAGGCCGACUAUGUCAAUGAUGUUUUAGCCCGAGCUAAGUUCUAUAAGAAACAUGGCUUCUAG